AGAUAAUGCGAGCGCACAUGUUAAGCGGUGGGCAUUUUGUGGAGGCCAUGGCUCGACUGGGCUAUCCCGACGCAGCCUCUCUGGAGCCCUCCGAGUUCGACUGGAUGUUCAACGGUUCUCCGGAAAACCUGCACUUCUUGCGUUUUGUCUGUCAGAGCCUGAACCAGAGCAAUGUUUUGACCACAGAGGAAGUGCGGGCUUAUCGAGAGCUCCAGAAGUCCGGCAUGCCCAUCUUGGACCAAGCAGCCUUAGACAAGGUCCUGAAAACCAUCGGACCAUUCAAAGAGAGCAGUUCAGCCGAGGAGUGCGUCACUGUAGAAGAUUUGGAAGGGGAGUUUCAGGCGUUGAUGAAGGAGAAGGCUCUGAAGCAGCAGCGCCUCAAGAGGCUGCAGGCCGUGGCCGCUUCCGGUGCGGAUGUGGACCUCCGGCUCGCCGCCGAACUGGAACGGGCUGCGUCCCGGCUAAAGGAGGCUAGCGCUUCUCUGGAAGCCGAGAACGCCAACACCAACGCUGAGCUCCAAAGCCUCGCAGACAAGGCGGGCGAGCUGACGUUCGUGGCACCGUCCGUUCAGCCGGAAGCGGCGCAGGCAUCCGCCGGCAGAAAGCGCGAGCCUCUUCUUUCUCAGCUCUCUCUCGAUCCGUAUCUUCGCCAAGAGGAGCUCAACACCAAAACGCUCGCCGCUUUCGCUCGGAAUCACUUCUUCGCGGACCUUGUUGACACCUCCUCCUCAGAAAGUUUCCAGGGGUUGGACCUCAGCUCUUGUCAAGGAGAAGAGAAAGAGGAGGAUAAGAAAAAGAGUGAAGCGGCGCAAAAGAGGACCCAUGUGGCCAGACUUGAGUUGGUGCACAUCACGACCCAGCACCAACUGAUGCAAGCCACAGCAGAGGAGGCGAGCGUCAAGGCCGGGCGCGACUGGCUUUCUGAGAAGUUGGCGAGCGUCCAGCGUAUCGCCAACCCGGCCUCGCUUCGUGUGCGCGAGGUGGCGUCUAGGAUGGAAUUGCAAGCCGUGGAGGCGGAGAUGGAAGUUCAGCUCCACGGACCGGUGUCCCCGGUCCUUCGGGAGUCCGCCCGGCUGUUCGUCGUGCCGGUGCUGAAGGCAGACUUGGCCCUGCAACUGGCUCUACAGAGCGAUCUCGCCAGCCAACUGGAUGAGGUACGUGAUCAUCUCCUCCGCCAGAAGGCCUCCUUCGACGUCCUGCACUUGGCUCAGCAGAUUGAGUUACGAGAGUGGCGAGCGUGCCUGAAUCGUCUAGCAAACGUCAACAGCAGGCUUGUCGAAGAACGCGACGCCGCGUCCCUCAGAUUGGGCGCUCUGGCGCAUCCCGAGUUGGCGUUAAACACCAGGCCGAACCCCAUCGUCACCAGCAAGGACGCCACGUUCCGCAGACUCCUGCGGCUCCUCCUCGAGCACCAUUCGUCCCGUGGGAGAGUAGAACCUUUUCAGACAUACGAGGCGCUCAAGCAGGCUGCGUGCGGCUUGGCAAACAACCUCCAGGCGUCCCAUCAAGCGCUGACAGCGGUCAGCCGGGACCAGGACUUCACAGUGGCUCAGGUUCAGGGCCACUGCGAGGCCCUUCGCGAGGCCGUGUCCUCGGAGUUCCAGGAGCUGCGUGUAAGUUGUCCUGUGGCCACUGCUGACCGGGAGCUGCUGUGUCCCCAUGCGCAGGAGUUGAUGGAAAAACUCCGAGAAGCAGAAUCGUGUUUGGAGCGUUUACAAGAAGCCGUCCAUGAAAUCAAAGGCAAGAUCAACACGAAGCACCUCCAGCUGGAGUGCAAUUCCCUCCUCAGACACGAGAGAGAGCUCUACAUCCGCUUCCACUUGGAUGUCCAACUCCUGCAGAGCGCACUUGAGGACCUGGAGCGCAGACGGCUCCUGACGAGCAGACGGGAAUAGACCAAUGGAAAACGUUGUCUAAAUAAAGAAUUAUUCAAAGAAA